AUGGAUGAACAAACCAGUGAUAAACCUGCUAAACCUGAAGAUGAAUUAAGUGUAUCAAAUGUAUCAGUUCAAACAGCAGAUUUAGAAGAAAAGUGGGAAAGAUUUGCAAGAAAACUCAGCAGGACAUCAAAAUCGAAGAGGAAAGCUAAAAGAAACAAAUCUAUCUGGAAUUUUCAAAAUAAAAUCAUCCUAUUUACCGUGGUGCUCUUCAUUAUUGGCGUUAUAAUUUGGACGUUAUUGUGGCUCUUCAUUGUUCAGGCAGAAAACAAAGAUGCUUUGUACUUUGUUGGAUUAUUUCGUGUUGCCAACAUCGAGUUUCUUCCAGAGUAUCGGCACAAGGAAUCUAGGGAGUUCCUCUCUGUAGCCCAGAAUGUGCAGCAAGUGAUGAACCUGGUAUAUACCAAAUCUACUUUCUCCAAAUUUUAUAAGCAGUCCAUUGUCUCAGAUGUCAGUAAUAACAACAAUGGAGGACUUCUCGUCCAUUUCUGGAUUGUGUUCGUGGUGCCACAGGCUAAAGGCCAAGUAUUUUGUGAAGACUGUAUCGCUGCUAUUUUAAAGGACUCAAUUCAGACCAGCAUCACCAACCGAACCUCAGUAGGAAGUCUUCAAGGCCUUGCUGUUGAUAUGGACUCCAUUGUGCUUAGCGUUGGGCUCCGAUCAGAUUACUCUUCAACGACAGGAGCAGGUACUAAUUGCAUAUAUGAUCUACAUGCCGAUCAGCUGCAUCAGCACUUUCCCCUGGACAUCUCGACAACAUCAGGAAGGAUGAUCUGCUAUUUCAAACUGAUCGCCUUGGUCGGCUACCUGAUUCGUCUCUCCGUAGCAUCGAUUCAUAUUGAAGCAGAUAACUGCAUCACUGAUUCUUUGACUAUAUAUGACUCCCUGAUGCCAAUCAAAAAUAAGAUACUGUAUCGAAUUUGUGAACCAACCAAUGCAUUCCUAUCUUUCGUUUCUACAAAUAAUCUGAUGCUGGUUACAUUGAAGUCCACACAAGUGAGGAAAGUGAAGGAAUUUCAUGGCUACUUUGAAGUCAUUCCACAAGAAAAAUGUGGCAAAGCCAUACUGGCAUUAGGAAGCACCGGGUUUGAAGGGAGGAUCAUGAGUCCUUAUUAUCCAAGCUACUACCCUCCGAAAUGCAUCUGUACAUGGACUUUUCAGACUCACCAAAAGACCCUUGGCAUAGCACUCAGGUUUCAUAACUAUACCAUCAGUGAAAAAAGCAUUAAAGGCUGUGAGCACGGAUGGUGGAAAAUUAAUGAGCAUAUGUACUGCGGAUAUUACAUUGAUCAUCAAACAAUAUUCCGUGUGGCCAGCUUCAUGGUUAACAUUGAGUUUCAAUGUAGUUCCAAGCUUUCAGAGCAGCCACUUCUGGUGGAAUAUGGAAGCUACAACAUCAGCCAACCUUGUCCACUCGGUUCUUUUGAAUGCCACACGGGUUUAUGCAUCCAACGAUCUCGGCGCUGUGAUGGAAUCAAUGACUGCUUCGACGAAAGUGAUGAACUUUUCUGUGAUGUGCCCAAACAAAGCUGUAACACCAGCUCCUUAACACAGCACCCUUCCAUUUUCUGUGAUGGAAUAAAUGACUGCGAAGAUGGUCAAGAUGAGCAGUACUGCACUGAAAGCAUUCCUUGUACCAACAAUACUUUUAAGUGUAGCAAUAAUAUUUGCUUCAGGAAGCAAAAUGCAAGAUGUGAUGGGAUCAUAGACUGCCUCGAUCGAAGUGAUGAAAGUAACUGUAGUUGUGGCAGUACUAAAUACAACAGUGGCCACCACCGGAUCGUGGGAGGUUCAGAAACACAGGAAGGCGAAUGGCCGUGGCAAGUCAGCCUCCGUUUUGCUGGGGUUGCUUACUGCGGAGCCUCAGUGAUAUCCAAAGAGUGGCUUCUCUCUGCUGCCCACUGUUUUCAGGGGAACAGGUUAUCAGAUCCUAGAAUCUGGACAGCUCAUUUGGGAAUGCGCACUCAAGGAAAAGCCAAAUUUGUCUCUACUUUGAGGAGAAUCAUCGUCCAUGAAUACUAUAACAGUAGAAAUUACGACUAUGACGUUGCCCUACUACAGUUAAGCACACCGUGGCUUGACACAAUGAGAUGGUUAAUUCAGCCAAUAUGUGUACCUCCCACCACACACAGAGUUCAUACUGGGGAGAAAUGCUGGGUUACAGGCUGGGGACAGAGACAAGAAGCAGAUGAUGAAGCCCCAGCAGUCCUCCAAAAAGCAGAGGUAGAAAUUAUUGAUCAAACAUUGUGUCAUUCAACAUAUGGGAUUAUCACAGCCCGCAUGCUGUGUGCUGGGAUGAUGUCUGGGAAAAGGGAUAGCUGCAAAGGAGAUUCUGGAGGACCCCUAUCAUGUCGAAGCAAAGGUGAUGGAAAGUGGUUUUUGACAGGAAUUGUUAGCUGGGGCUAUGGUUGCGGAAGACCCAAUUUCCCUGGAGUAUACACAAGGGUGUCAAAUUUUGCUACAUGGAUACACAAAUACGUGCCUUCAGUUUUUUAA